AAUCCCUCUUCCCUCCCACUUCUUCAGUCUCGGCUUCAAGUCCCUAAUUUCCUCUCACGGAAAGAGAGGUCCUUUUUUUUCUCACCCGUUGUCUCGAGUUCUUUUAUUGACGCCAUGUCGGGCCGCGGCAAGGGAGGCAAGGGGCUGGGUAAGGGCGGGGCGAAGCGCCACCGCAAGGUCCUCCGCGACAACAUCCAGGGCAUCACCAAGCCGGCGAUCCGCCGCCUCGCCCGCCGCGGCGGCGUGAAGCGGAUCAGUGGCCUCAUCUACGAGGAGACCCGGGGAGUCCUCAAGAUCUUUCUCGAGAACGUCAUCCGCGACGCCGUCACCUACACUGAGCACGCCCGCCGGAAGACCGUCACGGCCAUGGAUGUUGUCUACGCCCUCAAGCGCCAGGGCCGUACCCUCUAUGGCUUCGGUGGCUGAAUUCCUGUUGGGAUGCUCUUGGAAUUGCGUGAAAUGAGGGUAUGUGCGAGGGUUAGGGUUUCUUGUCGGGUUUGGCUUUGUUGUGGUUGUAAAUCUUCCUGGGUCUGUUAUGGGAUAGAAAAGGUGUAAACUUCUUCGAUUAUGAAAUGAAAAUUUGAAGCUUUGCUUGAAGAA